UCCCUGUAAAGAAACACAAGCAGAAGACAUUUUCGAAUAGGAAAAAUAUGUUCGAAAAUAAGGUUCUCGUGAGUCGCAAGAAGCCAAGAACAAUUGGUGUCAUCAAUUGAAUAUUUAUAACUGUUUAAAACGCAAAAACCACGCUUAUUUUACCAAAAUGGCAGAUGAAGAAGAAACCAAUGAGUAUCGCUGGGAGUCGGGAUAUGAAAAAACAUGGGAAGCUAUUAAAGAAGAUGAUGAUGGUUUAUUGGAAUCAAAUGUGGCUGAAAUAGUAGCCCGAGCCAAAAGGAAAAGAGCUGCCCUGAAAGCCACCGGUGCGAUCCAACUUGGAAUGAUGAGGCAUCUCUUUGUUGUUAUAGAUGCUUCAGAAUGCAUGUUUUUGCAGGAUUUGAAACCUACUCGCUUCCUCUGUGUUUUAAAGUUAUUAGAAUUGUUUGUUCAUGAAUUCUUUGACCUUAACCCGAUAAGUCAGUUAGGAAUAUUAACAACCAAAGUGAAACGCAGUGAACUUGUUACAGCCCUAGCCGGAAACCAGAAAAAGCAUAUUGAGGCAUUACAACAAAUGAAGGAUACUUCGUGUGAAGGGGAGCCAUCACUUCAAAACUCAUUAGAAAGGGCUAUGAAUGGUCUGAAAAACAUGCCUGCCCACUCUAGUAGAGAAGUGUUGGUGUUAUUUGGCAGCUUGACUACUUGCGAUCCGGGUGACAUAAAAAAAACGAUCAAGUCUUUGAAGGAGAAUAACAUUCGGGUUUCAAUCAUCGGGCUGGCGGCAGAAGUAAGGAUUUGCCGAGAAAUUGCCAAAAGAACUGGUGGCACUUACAAUGUUCUUCUCGACGAUCAUCAUCUGAAGGAACUCAUUCUAAAUCAAGUGCAACCACCGGCUGUAGCAGGUUCUAUGGAGGCCUCACUGGUGAAAAUGGGUUUUCCUGGAGGUAAAACUGGUUCAGGCGACGGAGCUUCAGAUUCUGCUGCAGAUCACGCCCCAGCUUAUUGUCUUUGCCAUAUUGAAAACGAAACAUCAUGUUUAAUGGGCAACAACAGUGGCUAUAACUGUCCGCAAUGUGGAAGUCGUUAUUGUGAGCUUCCAGUUGAGUGCAAACAAUGCGGAUUGACUCUGGUUUCUGCCCCUCAUCUUGCCCGUUCUUAUCACCAUCUCUUUCCCAUCAAACCAUUUAUAGAACGAACAGAAGUUCCCGAGAUGACGCAUUGCUUUGCGUGCGCCAAGCCUUUUGGUGAAUUGGAUCCCAAUGUUUACGAGUGUGAAAACUGCAAACAGAUUGUAUGUCUUGACUGCGACCUAUUCAUACGAGAAACAUUGCACACAUGCCCUGGAUGUGCUAGUGAUCCAAUCACAGCUCAAAUGAAAACUAACUGAAUAAAAUUGUUUCAUUCAUUCAGAAGUUGAACUCCACAAAUGUACAUAACGUUCGGUUGGUAUUAACUAAAAAUUUAAUGGUGUAAUCCGAGUAUUUGUGCAGUGUACAUUUGCAAUGAAAACAGAGCCAAUCUAUUAGGGACAUUAGUCACGUUAGUUUGAAUAAGGUACACACAAAAAAAAAGUCAAAUAACGUCUUGUAGGAUAGUUUUUGAAAAUUAAACCUAAAAAGUUUUCGUCAAAAUGUAAAAGCUUAUAUCGCACGUAAUAAUAGGAAAGAAAACCGAAGAGUAAAAAAAAAACAUUUUGGUUUUGGCGUAUUCGUGUGCUGCAUAAUUUUCAAGUGUCUUGCAUAAGUCGACAGCUGCGACAAAAUAGGCGGCCGUACAAAGGAUAACAUCGCCGCUCUGGCUCAUCCGUUAACUGUAAUCCACAACUCUAAUAGCAAAAGAAACAUUUAAAAAUUGCGUUGAAAAGAAGACCUUAUUUGUUGAAUGUCAAACCUCGCAAACAUAGCAAUCAACGUGAAAAUCCUUGUUCAUAGACACAACGCGUACCGUCUCUUUGCUACCCUAUAAGUGCAUAGAAAAAAGAAUGUCGUAUCCCUUUCUUUUAUGAGCAAAAUUCAAAUUUGUCAAGGGCCCUGGAACCAAAUAGAUCUCUCACCUGAGCAGGCGUGAUAAUUUCAUCGCAAGCUGCGCAUCUCGGUGCAAACAUCCUUCACCCAGCAAGACAACGAUGAUACAAGAAAAGUGUUCAAAAAAGAGAGAAUUAAGCAGGCUCUUAGGAAGUAAAUAUUCCUCCAAUCAGGCAGGCAAAAAAUGGCCCAGCACGUAAGAGUUUUGACUCAAAAUAAAAACCAUGUACCAAAGAAACACGCAACGGAGUGGUGCAGGUAAUGUGGUACAACAGAUCUAGGUGCAAAAAAGAGAUGGAAUACUUAUUUUACCUGUGGUAGUCGGUCACACAGUAGAUUUUAUGAUCAACGUCGAUAGUGAAUGGAACCCCGUCCAAGCAUUCGUUGCAAACGCAGCAACGGAAGCAUCCAGGAUGAUAAGAUUUUCCCAUAGCUUGUAAAAUCUGUACAACAUAUUUUUUUAAUGAUUAUAAUUGAAACGGGAUUUGUUCAGAAAAUAAAGCUCUUACAGUUUCCAUUAUUAAAUGUCCACACAGUCCACAUUUCUCAGCAGUUUGUUGAAAGCCAGAGUACUGUGAAAAUAGAAAGGAUUUAUAAGCAAAAAGUUGCCCAGUUAACCUAUAAAAAUGAUACACACCAAAUAAUCCUCCUCGCAGUAAACCUUUCCAUGAACAUUAUAGAAAGCUUUUCCCCGAAGGGCCCGACCACAGGAACAGCAUACGAAGCAGCAAGUGUGAUAGAGAUUUCCCAUUGCCUGGCAGGCUUCGGCCGCCCCAGUAAUUUUUUCGCCACAAGUAUGACAAACACC